AUGAAUGGUACCCUUGCUUUCCUGCACAACUGGACGUACAUAACUCAAUCACCUGAAGUUCACUUCGACCAAUUAAUCAGCCAUGGGCCGUAUGCCGGAACCCUGCAAGCGUUUACUACUGGAAUGAGGCUUCGAACACGGUAUUCCCAUCUUCUUUCACUCAAGAAGCGCAUUCGUUUCUGGGCUAGCGACUGCAAAAGAGUUAUUGAUUCGGCACGGUAUUUUGCGUCCGGAAUGUUCGGGUGGAAUUGGGAAACGGGGAACCUGGCAGACCUAGAAAUCAUUCCUGAAACAGCAGACCGUGCGGCAGACACCUUAACUCCUGGAGAUACAUGUAUUAACUACCUAGACGAUCCAGAACAUGGCCAUGAUAAAGGUAUCAACAUGCUAGCGAGGUUUCAGGAGGCUUAUAUUCCCCCCAUUUCUAUCCGGAUAAUGAAAGAUAAUCCAAAUAUAAAAUUCACAAACUCAGAAGUCUAUAGCAUGCAUGAGAUGUGUGGGUUUGAAACAAUGACACGAGGCUCGAGCCCCUGGUGUGACGUUUUCACACGAGAAGAUUGGGAUCAUUUUGAAUAUGCAAGAGAUUUGUUGCAUUACUAUCGUGCGGGACCAGGCAAUCCAUACGCUGCUGCAAUGGGAUGGCUGUGGCUGAACAAAACAGCCGAGUUGCUACUGCAGUCUUCGAACACCGGCAACAUGUUCCUAAGUUUCGUCCACGAUGGAGAUAUUGCUCCAAUGCUCGCUGCACUAGAGAUAUUCAACGAUGCAGAGCCCUUGCCAACAACACACAUCGCAUGGAACCGCAAGUGGAAAACGUCGCAGGUAAUGCCGAUGGGUGGAAGGGUCAUAUUUGAACGUCUGAGAUGCAGAGUCGAAGAAAGCAAGAGAACGGCCUCUUCUGAUGACAGCACUUCUAGUUUUCUACGGAUUAAUAUCAACGACGGUAUUGUCCCACUGCCAGGGUGUCGUUCUGGCCCAGGCGCAAGCUGUUCUCUGGCGGAGUUUGGGGAGCGGGUGCGGUUUAAUGAGAAGCAUGUCAAAUAUAAGCAGCUUCGACAGAAUAUCGCGCUUUGCAAGGUGGCAGGACUUGUCUUGCGGUAUCUUCGAGAGCCAGUUGCACCUCGGGCAGGGUAUUUUCGACAAUCUUACAUUUGUAAGAUGCCUAACCGCACGGGCAAUCCAUCCUCGCGCCAAAGCACCACUGGGACGGAUGCACCACGAGCAAAUGGUCAUGCGUCCAAUGGGCAGGAACUGGGCCAAGGAGGGGGCGAACAUGAUAAUGGCGAUGGUACGAAUAACAACUCUCUACUCGUGGGAGACUUGCCGGAUGUUACGGAUCCGAACACGAACGUCUUUGACUUGGCCUUUUCAGCGGCGCUUCGACAGAGAAGGGGCCAAGAAGCACCUGCGGCUUCGAGCUCAAAUCCUAACAACCACGGCGAAGCCCGGCCAAUGCAGGGGAGCGGCAUUCCCACAAGAACUUGGCCUUCUCAACUUCAGCCCACCCCAGUGCCUGCCUUAAUACCCCUGCCAGAUCUUGGCCCAAGGACUCCUGCGGUAGAUAGGAUACUCUCAAAUAGGAUCCAGCAGCUUUCAGUCGCUGAAGCUGGUGCAAAUACCGGGACAGUGCCGACAAUGCCUGCGAUGGCUAGCACUCUGCCGGACCCCGGCAUGGCUACCACUACCACUACCCACCCGACAGACCCUACAGGCGACGACAAUACUCAGCCAUCUCGCUGA